CAACCUCUACUGUGGUAUUCCUAUAUUUAUAUGCUUGCUCCUUUGCAGUUAUUAAUCAUGGUGAUUUUAAAUUUAUCUCUGGCUCUUGAGACUCGGGAUACAGGAAGGCAAAAUGCUAGAAACAGAGCACGCCAACAUGUCCGAAUCAAUCCCCCAUGACUACUAUCCCCCGAACCUGGCUCUCCCGCAUUUCCUACCGAAUGAAGACACGGCUUUUUCUUUGAUCUUUCGGUUCGCUCUCCUAUGGAUGUCUGCCUUGGGUGCAGGCUUCAUCAUAAUCCGACGUGUCCGUCCAACGGCGAGUAAAUCGGACCAACUGGCGUUUCUUUGGAUGUGCUUGACCGGCUGCAUCCACCUCUUCUUCGAGGCAUACUUCGUUAUCAAACAUCCUAGCUUGGCCGGCUCGGAGACGCUCUUCGGCCAGCUAUGGAAGGAAUAUUCUCUUUCCGACUCUCGCUACUUGAUCUCCGACACUUUCCUGGUGUGCAUGGAGGCCGUCACUGCCUUUGCCUGGGGCCCUCUCGCCUUUGCGACGGCCUACUUUAUUCUGGUCCGCCAUCCGGCUCGCCACGCGUGUCAGCUCAUUCUCUCGACCGGCCAGGUCUACGGCGACGUGCUGUACUAUGCCACUAGCUUGCUGGAUCUGUAUAAGGACGGAACCCCCUUCUGUCGACCGGAGGGGUAUUAUUUCUGGUUUUAUUACUUUUUUAUGAAUUUUAUUUGGAUGGCGAUUGGGAGUUAUUAUGCGACGCAGAGUGUCAAGGAGAUUACGAGGGUGUUCACGAGAGAUGCACAGCUCGAUCGAGGGGAGGAGAAGAAAAAGCGAUGAAAAUUCAGGGGAUUUAAGAUACGCUGAGGAAGAGGUCCCACGGGGGGUGCGAGGACCUGUUAUGAUGGCUCUUGUUACUUCAGCGCGCAGAAUUGUGUGCUGCAAGGGAUUGGCUGGAUUUACUACAUAAUAGGCCAUGGAAAUGCCCACAAGAUAGACGCAGAGCUCGACCUUGUGACAACCGAACUUAGGUAAAGACAGCCUGAUAUUGCACAAGAAAAGAUGGCGCCAAGAUCCUGUCAUGGAGCGAGGAAGAUUGAAUACGGUGGAGUUACAACGUGAAAAUGAUUUUGGAGAGAGCCCAGAUCCUCUAUUCAUUUAUGCUACUGGGGAGUAGCAGCGAAAGCUUUAGUCUAAAUGGAUGGCAUGCUAUAGUCAAGAUCCGCAGCUUUUCCUAUUGGAUUAUGACCUCAGACGAGGCCAAGACAAAUAAACAAAAAA